UAUCUUGAAUAAUAAUUUGUUUUUUUACUUUUGUGAAUGAUAAGCGUUAUCAUUUUCUAUAACUUUAAUCAGUUUGGUAGUGGUCUUUUGAAUACGUAUAAUAGUUAUUUUUAGAAUAAAUCAUGUUUUUUUUGAAAGGCAAUAGAAUUAUUACCAUCAAAAUGCGGCCAGCAUAUAAUAAGCUUUAUAAAGCGAUGGCUGCGUAUUCUUCAAAACUUUCCCUGAACGAUGUGGUGAUCGCGUCCGCUGUGAGGACUCCAAUUGGCUCCUUUAAGGGUAGCCUGUCGAGCCUUUCAGCUACCGAACUUGGAGGUGUCGCCGUUAAAGCAGCAGUUGAAAGAGCCGGCAUUCCUAAGGAAGAAGUUAAAGAGGUAUACAUGGGAAAUGUCUGUUCUGCUGCUUUAGGCCAGGCUCCUGCGAGGCAAGCUACCAUUUUCGGAGGUCUUCCUAAAAGCACAAUCUGCACAACUGUUAAUAAAGUUUGUUCAUCUGGCAUGAAGGCCAUCGUAUUGGCCACGCAAGGUUUGCAAACUGGAACUCAAGAUGUGAUAUUAGCUGGAGGAAUGGAAUCUAUGUCAAACGUGCCUUACUAUUUGAAGAGGGGUGAUACACCAUAUGGAGGUGUUCAGUUGAAUGAUGGCAUUUUGUAUGAUGGCUUGACUGAUGUUUAUAACAAAAUCCAUAUGGGUAACUGUGCUGAGAAUACAGCAAAGAAACUGAACAUCUCAAGGAAGGAACAAGACGACUAUGCUAUUUCAAGUUACAAGAGAAGCGCUACAGCAUAUGAAAAUAAGACUUUUGCUGAUGAGCUGGUACCAGUACCGGUGCCCCAGAAGAGAGGUGCUGCCCCAGUUAUCUUUGCAGAAGAUGAGGAGUACAAGAAGAUCAACUUUGAUAAAUUCACCUCAUUGGCAACUGUGUUCCAAAAGGAGAAUGGAACGGUGACAGCUGGUAAUGCCUCAACAUUGAAUGAUGGUGCUGCAGCCAUGGUCCUGAUGACUGCUGAUGCUGCUCAAAGAUUGAAUGUUAAGCCCCUGGCUCGUGUUAUUGGAUAUGCUGAUGGGGAAUGUGACCCUAUUGACUUCCCAAUUGCUCCAGCAGUUGCUAUUCCAAAAUUGCUAGCUAAGACUGGUGUCAAGAAAGAGGAUGUAGCUAUGUGGGAAAUUAAUGAAGCCUUCAGUGUUGUAGCUUUGUCCAACAUGAAAAUGCUAGAACUUGACUCUAACAAGAUUAACAUUCAUGGAGGAGCUGUUAGUCUUGGCCAUCCCAUUGGUAUGUCUGGUGCCAGAAUUGUUGUUCACUUGUGCCAUGCUCUCAAGAAGGGCGAAAAGGGUGUAGCUGCUAUCUGUAACGGUGGAGGUGGUGCCACCUCUAUCAUGAUUGAGAAAUUGUAAGUCAACAACUUCUGGACCCUUUGUUUAAAUGUCUAUGUGCCUUUUAGGAAUAAUUUGCUGUUAUUGAAUGUUUUUUUUUCUGUUUACUAGCUACCUCUAAGAGUAAAAGAUUUUUAUGAUACUGUUGAAAUAUGUAAUUUUUAUAUCCAUAUCUACUGUAAAUAAACUUUAAGAUGGAAAAGUUGUAUACUCUCAUUCUUUUCAAUAAAAUGUUUAAAUAUAUGUACAAA